AUGGCGGACGCGGUCCCUUUUUUGGAGUGGCUUGACGUGGGAGGGCAUCGGAAGGCCAUGAAGAGGACGGCGAAGGAGGUGGACAGUAUGAUUCAGGAAUGGUUGGAGGAGCAUCGCCAGAAGAAAAAGGAGGAGGAAUCAUCGUCGGGGAGUAUGAUCGCAGGAGGCACGGACACGACCGCCAUCACCCUAACAUGGGCUCUCGCCUUGCUCCUGAACAACCCGCUCGCCAUCAAGAGGACCCAAGCUGAGCAGGACGUCCACGUAGGAAGGCACAGGAUGGUCAAGGAGUCCGACCUGAUCAAGCUCGCCUACGUGCAGGCCAUAGUCAAAGAGACCCUCCGCUUCCACCCGCCCGCCCUGCUCUCGGGCAUGCGCGAGGUCACCCAGGACUGCACCAUCGGAGGGUACCGCGUGCCUGCGGGCACGAGGCUGAUCGUCAACCUGUGGAAGCUCCAGAGGGACUCGCGCGUCUGGGAGCGGCCUGAUGAGUUUGAGCCCGAGCGGUUCUUGACCGGUGCGCAUAAGGACGUGGACGUGAAGGGCCAGCACUUCGAGCUCAUCCCAUUCGGGCCGGCCGCCUGGCUUGUCCCGGGGCAAGCUUCGGGCUUCAAAUGGCGCAACUGA